AUGGCAACCAAUGGGAAUCCUUUGGCUUUUCCCACUGGACAGGAUUAUCAGUCCUCCAGGUCGGACGAGUUCCAGCAGCUGGAAGCGAGACCCUACCGCUCCAAGAAACGACGCCCGUAUGACUCCUGGCAAGCUUUCGACUACUGUUUCGUCCGAAGGCUGACUGGAGUUCUCCAACCAGGUGCGACCACUGCCGAAGACGUCGCAUCUACCAAAUGCACCUUUCUGUCUGUGCCACCCGUUAAGAAGCGACGAUCACUCGGAGAGAACGGUGACCAGGCAAAGCAGGACCCUGGCAUCGGGUCAAAGUUGGCAGGCCUCCAACGUGUGCAUAAAUUGGCCAAACAGCACACUGAGGCGGCGAGUAUUAGUGACAGUAGUGAGCGGCUGCGGACAACUGUCAUCCCUGGACGUACAUUCCUGUACACUGGAGCUAGUAGCGACCAAGACGUUUACCUGCUCCGGCAUUUACCUUUUCGUGGUAAGAGCGCCUUUGGAACUGCCAACUGGACGGUUUGGAAGGCACUUGCACGUGAGUUUGGCCCGGCAUACUUCACGUCCUACCCGGACCACCUACUAGAUGCUCGAGAAGGCGCAUACGAAUUGGAUCAUGUCAAGAACCUCGUUGAACCCAACCACAGCGUGCUUCUGAGCAUCUACUACUCUCAUUUCCACCCCAGCCUUCCCAUAUUGGAAGACUUGAUCGCAUUCGAAGAAUUGUUGUCAGCAAACAAGAUCCCUGCUUCAUUGCUUGCAGCAGUGUAUUGUGCAGCGCUCGAUUUUCAGCCUGGGGUUGAUGUAGCCCUCAAGCAGGAACUUCGAGAAUUGGUCUUCUUGGGAGUUACAUACGAAGCGAGGACACCGUCACUAAGGACUGUUCAGGCCAAUCUCAUCUACCUACAGAUUGCGCCUAUGCUGGUCCGUGAACCGAAUCAUCCCGGUUACUGGCCUCUGACAUCCCAGCUUGUAGCGGUCUCGCAAGAGAUCGGCCUCCACGCAAACCCUGAAGCAUGGGACUUAUCUUCGGCUGAACGCAAAAGUCGUCGAAUAUUGUGGUGGACUGUUUACAUGCAAGACAAGUGGUUCGUUAUCGCCAAUACCCAGGAUAAUCAAUUCGACCUGACACACCUUGCCGAUACCGAUUUCACCAAUGACGUUGGUGGGCUCAAUGAAGGGCAUCUCUCAUCGGUCGUAGCCUUCAUCAGCUUGACCAAGUUGAGUGUUGUGCUUGCAAGUGUCCUCGACAAUUUCUACACUGUGAAAGAUAGUGCAGAUAGGCUUUCGGCCGAGCAGGCGCUGCAGAGGGCGAGCAAGUGCCAGGCACAACUAACCACGUGGUAUACGGAAAAUGCUCAGAUAUGGGAGCAGCCAGGCUCCGUUAUCAACAGUGUUCCAGCCAUCCCCCAGCAUCGGACUCUAGCUAACGCUAGCUAG